AUGGGAGGAUUGAAAACGAUCGCGACGGUUGCCACCGUGGCGUUCGUCACGACCGGGUCUUCUCUUUCCCGCGCGAAUGGAAAGGAACAGCAAAAGUUAGACGGAGCGGCGUUUUUGGAAACGUUCGACGACGGACUCAAAGGAUGGGUGAAAUCGGAAGUCGAGCAAUACACCGGCGUCGUGGAACUGGCGAACGAAAACGGCGAGAAAUCUCUCAAAGUUCCGGAAAAAGCUCGACACUACGGGUACACGAAACAAUUAAGCACACCGUUCGAUCCGCGCGACGGUUUCGCGAUUCAGUUUGAAGCCGCGCAAACGGAAGGUCUGGAUUGCGGCGGCGCGUAUUUGAAGUACUUGACGGAGGAGGCGAACACGGGGAAAGAGAUGGACGGGUCUUCGCCGUACGUUCUGAUGUUUGGUCCGGAUAAGUGCGGGUCGAAUAACAAAGUGCACGUGAUUUUUAAACACAAAAGUCCGAAAGACGGGGAACUGGAAGAGAAGCACUUGAAGGAUCCGCCGAAGAUGCCGUCGGACAAGGCGCCGCACAUGUACACGCUCUUGGUGAACACGAAGGAGCACACGUACGAGGUGAAAAUUGACGGCAAAGUUGAAAAGGAAGGGUCUAUUUUUGAAGAUUUCGAACCGCCGUUUAACCCGCCGAAAAUGAUCGACGAUCCGGAAGAUUCCAAACCGGAAGAUUGGGUGGACGAGAAGCAGAUUCCGGACCCGAACGCGAAGAAACCGGACGAUUGGGACGAAGACGCGCCUAUGGAGAUUUUGGACGAAGAGGCGACGAAACCGGAAGGAUGGUUGGACGAUGAGCCGGAGGAAAUCGAAGACCCAGAGGCGGAAGAGCCGGAAGAUUGGGACGAAGAAGAAGACGGCGAGUACGAAGCGCCGUUGGUACCGAACCCGAGGUGCGAGGAAGCGCCGGGAUGCGGCGAGUGGGAGCAGCCGAUGAAAGAGAAUCCGGACUAUAAAGGCCCGUGGUCGGCGCCCAUGAUCGACAACGUUUUGUACAAAGGUGAAUGGGCGCCAAAACAAAUCGAAAACCCGAAAUACUACGAAGAUCCGACGCCGUUUGAGAACGUUGGUAAGAUAUCCGCGGUAGCGUUGGAAAUUUGGACCAUGAGCGACGGUUUAACUUUGGAUAACAUUUUGAUCAGUAAAGACUUCGACACGGUGGAUAAAGCCGCGGAAACGUUCGACUUCGAGGCGAAGAAAGAAGCGAAAGAGAAAGCGCUGAAAGAAGCCGAAGAGAAAGCGGCGGAAGAGGCGGAAAAAGCCGCGGAGAAGGCGGAAAAAGCCGAGGCAAAGAAAGCGGCCAACGCCGCGGGCUUCCCAGGGAAAGUGACUGAUUUAAUGUACAAGGUCGUCGAGAAGAUUCCGGGUAAAGCCGGUGAAGUUUUAACCAAACCGGUUGACUUCAUGGCCGAAAACGUCGCGGCUUUGUACGCGUUCUUGGCGACUUCGUUGCUUUCCAUCUUGUAUUUCAUCGUGUCGCCGUUCGUUAAAGACGCGAAGAAAACCGCCGCGACGAAGAAGAAGGUUGGCAAGGCCAAGAAAACGGACGAGGUCCAAGAAGACGACGACGAAGAGGAGGAAGAAGAAGAGGAAGAGGAGGACGAGAAGCCGAAGAAGAAGAACGGUCGAUCGAAGAAGUAA